AAAAUACUAUAAAGCAGCAAGCAACCAUCUUCUGAGACUCAGAACCGCUUAGAAACGAACAAGAUAGUGACCCAGUUGAAUCGCUGAUCCUCAAAAUGAAUUUCUUGUUCCUGCUCCCUUUACUUGUAGCUGCCGGAAUGACAGUUCCAAUUCCGAACGAUCCCAGCGUAACAAAUUCAAACGUCAAAAUUAGUCAUCCAACAUCUAGUUCUGCUCCGGCUCCAGUCAAAAUAGCUACGCCCUCUAAGACUGAUCCUGUUCAGAUUUCCGAAUCCAAGGAAGUUGAUAAAGAAUCUGACGAAUCAGAUGAAUCAGAUGAAUCGGACGAAUCGUCAGAAUCUCAAAAUUCAAAAGAAGAAGGUCCAUCACCGCCACACCUCGCCGACGUAACCAAAACCCCCGUUCAAGCUGCCAAGGAUUCCAUCGAUGCAUCAACAUCAAAUCAGGAAAAUAAAACCGAGAUCCUCUCCAACACUUCCGUGACUUCCCUGACUAAAGCAGAAACCGGCGCACCCUUAAAAAUAUCUGAACCUGAGGUCACUACUGCUUCUCUGGCCACAAUAAUAAGUGACGUAACCUUCUUACCUUCCUUAAAACUAGAGCCGGAAGUACCAUUGUCUUUAAAUAUCGAAUGAAGUACGAUAUAUUUAAGACAAUGUAGGCCCACUACUGAAAUAAUUAGUUUGGUUUCGUGUAAUUUUAAAUCAAUAGAUAGGGUGAAAAUAAACCACACACAAGCAGUGUUA